UAGUAGUAUUUUAUUUUCUUUCCCUUUCCCAUUUUCCGUCAUACCUAUCCAAACGAAGCUUCAGAGAUUCUCGUCGUCUCUCUCCUUUUUCAACUCUUUCCUUCCCUUCUCUUCCCCGAGCGUGUGCGCGUUUUGGGACUUUUUUUUUCCCAUUUCCAGUCAAAGUGUUUCCUAUCUUCUGUAGAAGCCCUAGCUUUCCUUCCCCAGCCUUCUUCUAAUAAGCAAAACCCUAGACUCCUCUCUUUCUCUCCUCUAAAAAAUCCCUAAUUUAUCAGAUCUCUCCAGCCGGUCUUCUCUUUCCUAGAUAUUUUCCCUCCCAAAAUGUCUGGUGCUGCUUUGGACAUGUCCCUUGACGAUCUCAUCAAAAACAACAAGAAAUCUGGAGGGCGUGGUCGAGGUCGAGCAUCCGGACCUGGCCCAGCUCGCCGCUUCCCCAACCGUGGUGCUAAUCGAACUACUCCCUACGCUACGGCAAAGGCUCCAGAAUCGGCGUGGCAGCACGACAUGUUUGCUUCGGAUCAGGCAAUGGGAGGACAAGUCAGCGGUCGAGCCUCUUCUAUUGAAACUGGAACGAAGCUAUACGUAUCAAACUUGGAUUAUGGUGUAUCUAACGAGGACAUCAAGGAACUAUUUUCAGAAGUUGGUGACCUGAAACGCUAUUCAAUACAUUAUGACAGGAGUGGGAGAUCCAAGGGAACGGCAGAAAUUGUCUUCUCACGACGGCAAGAUGCUGUGGCAGCUGUCAAGAGGUACAACAAUGUUCAGCUUGAUGGAAAGCCAAUGAAAAUAGAGAUUGUGGGAACAAACGUUGUGACUCCUUCUGUGCCUAUGCUUGGAGAUGGUAUUUUGGGAUUAAAUGGAGUUCCCAGAAGCGGACAAAGAAGGGGUGGUGCACUGGGAAGGAUUCGUGGUGGUGGUGGAGGCGGAGGUGGAGACCGUGGUGGUGGAGGCGGAGGUGGAGACCGUGGAGGUGGAGGUGGAGGUGGAGGCCGUGGAUUUGGAAGGGGCCGCGGGCGGGGAAGAGGUCGAGGUGAGAAGAUAUCUGCAGAAGAUCUUGAUGCUGAUUUGGAGAAGUAUCAUUCAGAAGCUAUGCAGACUAAUUGAAGUCCCCUCACAUGCUUAUUUGUUGGCUCUUUACACCUAUAGCCAGCAUGUGCUUGAUGAUGCAACGAUCCUGCUGUAUUGUUUAAUUUUUAUCAACAUCCGACUCUAUAGAGUAACAUGGAAAAACGUUUUUGUAGAGGGAACUCUUUGAAGCUAUCUACGGGGGCUUGGGCUUUUAUUGUUAAUUGUUCCUUUCAUUUGGGUAUAUAUCAUGGAUUAAUGGACCAUCGAAUGUACUCUGUACCCAGCUUUGGUUUUGUUAGCAACUUUAGUCCUUUAUUCA